GACCACGAGGUGCCUGCGGAGGGACUUCUGGUCCCCUCGGUCCUUCGCUCGGGUUCGGCUCCAGUGACGUGGUCCGCUCGUGUUGUCCCGGUGGAGGAGGAGGGGCCGGUCCCGGUGCCAAGUCCCUGACGGAAACUCCUCCCCCCGAGUGUGUGGGUGUGUGUGUGUGUGUGUGUGUGUGUGUGUGUGUGUGUGUGUGAGAGAGAGUGUGACAGACGGACUGUGGAGAGGACGCAGCACAGGCGACAUGACGGAGGAGAACAGGAAUGUGUCCGACACCGAGCCGCGCUCCGGGUCCGGGUCCGGGUCGUGGUCUGGGUCCGGGUCGUGGUCCGGGUCCGGGUCCGGGUCCGACCAACUCGUCUUCUUCGUCAACGGCAAGAAGAUUAUUGAGAAGAACGCAGAUCCUGAGACAACCCUGCUGACCUAUCUGAGGAGGACACUGGGUCUCACAGGAACUAAGCUGGGCUGUGCUGAGGGGGGCUGCGGCGCCUGUACCGUCAUGCUGUCCAGAUACCAAACACACAGUCAACAGCUGCUUCAUUACGCCGCCAACGCCUGUCUCGCCCCCCUGUGCUCCCUACACCUGGUCGCCGUGACGACCGUGGAGGGCAUCGGCAGCGUGGCCCGAAAAUUACAUCCUGUACAGGAGCGAAUAGCGAAGGCUCACGGUUCUCAGUGUGGCUUCUGUACUCCGGGGAUCGUCAUGUCCAUGUACGCUCUGCUGAGAAACAACCGCACACCCAAAAUGGCCGACGUGGAGGAGGCCUUCCAAGGGAAUCUGUGCCGCUGCACCGGAUACAGAGCGAUCCUGGAGGGAUACAAGAGCUUCACUGUGGAGGGGGGGUGCUGUGGUGGCAGAGGGCGGGGAAAGGGCUGCUGUAUGACCAAUGACAACGGAGCUGUGAGAACCUCAGAGGAAAACCAGGAAGAGGUCACGUCUCUGUUCGAUGCUGCAGACUUUGCACCUUUGGACCCGACACAGGAAGUGAUUUUCCCUCCUGAACUCAUGUCUCUCACUAAAGGUCAGAGGUCACCUUCACUGUGUUUCCGUGGCAACCGGACAGUGUGGCUGCAGCCCAACAGUCUGGAAGAGUUUCUGCAUCUGAAAUGGAAACAUCCCGACGCCCGAGUGGUCGUGGGAAACACUGAAGUGGGUAUCGAGGUGAAGUUUAAGAACAUGUUGUACGCGGUGGUCUUGGCUCCGGUCUUCGUCCCUGAGCUGAACGCUGUGACUCACACUGAGGACGGUAUUGUGUUUGGAGCAUCAUGUACUCUCAGCCACAUGGGGGCGGUACUGAGGCAGGCGGUGGAGACUCUUCCUCCUCAUCAGACCCAAGUCUUCCUCGCCGUCCUGGAGCAGCUGCGCUGGUUCGCUGGACAACAAAUACGCAACGUAGCUGCUGUCGGUGGAAACAUCAUGACGGCGAGCCCCAUCUCUGACCUCAACCCUGUCUUCAUGGCAGUGGGCUGCAAACUCACUGUGAUGGACAAAGUCGGAAGUCGCGUGGUUCAGAUGGACGACGGGUUCUUCACAGGUUACAGGAGGACGGUUCUGCGACCGCAGGAGAUCCUGGUCUCCAUAGAGAUCCCGUACAGUCAGAAGACUCAGUUCGUCUCCGCAUUCAAACAGUCACCUCGGCGUGAGGAUGACAUCAGCAUCGUCACCGCGGCGAUGAGUGUCACCUUCACUCCCGGGACUAACGUAAUCCAGGACCUGAGGCUGAGCUUUGGCGGCAUGGCGGCGACCACGGUGCUCGCAAAGCAGACGGCGAACAGGCUGCUGGGAAGGUGUUGGGAGGAGGAGCUUCUGCAUGAGGCCUGCUCCUCACUGGCUGAAGAGAUGACCCUCGACCUCUCUGUCCCGGGCGGCAUGGUGACGUACCGGCGAACUCUGACCCUCAGCCUCUUCUACAAGUUCUACCUGACGACGCUGCAGAAGCUGCGGCAGCAGGGGGUGGAUGUGGACCAGGUUCCUUCAGACUGUCGCAGCGCCACAGACGUUUACCUUCCUCCGACGCCGUCCAGCGCUCAGAUCUACCAGUCGGUGCCAGAGGGGCAGAGCCUGGACGACGUGGUCGGUCGUCCCAUGAUGCACCUGUCGGCCAUGAAGCAGGCGACGGGGGAGGCGGUUUACUGCGACGACGUGCCGCUGUUUGAGAACGAGCUCUACCUGUCGCUGGUCACCAGCAGCAAAGCUCACGCUCGCAUCAUCUCUAUAGAUACCUCAGCAGCGGAGCGUUCUCCUGGUGUCGUCUGCUUCCUGUUUGCUGAUGACAUUCCCGGCUCCAACGCCACCGGAGUCAUCCAGUACGACGAGACCGUCCUCGCUGACCGUCAGGUCACAUGUGUGGGUCACAUCAUCGGAGCCGUGGUGGCCGACACGCAGAUCCACGCUCAACGAGCCGCCAAGGUCGUCAAGGUCGAGUACGAGGAGCUGCAGCCGCUCGUCACCAUCCAGGAGGCCAUCGCCGCCCAGUCCUUCUAUCAGCCAAUCAGAACCCUCCAGAAGGGAGACCUGGAGGCAGGGUUCAAACAUGCCGACCACAUCCUGGAGGGUGAGAUCCACAUCGGAGGUCAGGAACAUUUCUACCUGGAGACAAACGUCACUCUGGCUGUUCCACGAGGAGAAGACGGAGAAAUGGAACUCUUCGUCUCCACUCAGUCUGCCACAAAAACACAGUCCCUGGUGGCGAAGGCGCUGGGCGUCCCUGCCAACCGGGUGGUUGUGCGGGUGAAGAGGAUGGGCGGGGGCUUCGGGGGGAAGGAGAGCAGGAGCACAGUGUUGUCCACUGUCGUCGCCGUGGCAGCAAACAAGCUGAAGAGGCCGGUGAGGUGCAUGUUGGACAGAGACGAGGACAUGUUGGUCACCGGAGGGAGACACCCCUUCUAUGGCAAAUACAAGGUGGGUUUCCUGACCAGCGGUCGGGUUGUGGCUCUGGACGUGUCGUACUUCUCCAACUGUGGGCACUCCCAGGACCUCUCUCUGUCGGUGUUGGAGCGCGCUCUGUUCCACAUGGAGAACUCGUACAGCGUGGAGAACAUCCGCGGCCGAGGCUUCUGCUGCCGCACCAACCUGCCGUCCAACACAGCGUUCAGGGGCUUCGGAGGGCCGCAGGGCAUGAUGGUUGCUGAGAGCUGGAUGACGGACGUGGCUCAGAGUCUAGGGAGGCCGGCGGAGGAGGUGCGUCGGUUGAACCUGUACAUGGAAGGCGACGUGACGCCGUACAACCAGGUCCUGGAUCAGGUGACUCUGCAGCGCUGCUGGGACGAGUGUCUGUCACGCUCCAACUACCAGCACCGCCGAGCCGCCAUCGACGUCUUCAACAGUCAGAACCGUUGGACCAAACGAGGCCUGGCCAUCAUCCCCACCAAGUUCGGUAUCAGCUUCACUGCCCUCUUCCUCAACCAGGCCGGAGCUCUGGUUCACAUCUACACCGACGGUUCUGUGUUGUUGACCCAUGGUGGGACGGAGAUGGGUCAGGGUCUCCACACCAAGAUGAUCCAGGUUGCCAGCAGGGUUCUGUGUAUCCCCUGUUCCAAGAUCCACAUCUCAGAGACCAGCACCAACACCGUCCCCAACACCAGCCCCACCGCCGCCUCCGCCUCCUCCGACCUCAAUGGAGCCGCCGUGCAGAACGCCUGCGAGCUCCUGGUGAGGCGCCUGCAGCCGUACAAGACCAAGAACCCUGAAGGAUCAUGGGAGGACUGGGUGAAAGCUGCGUACUUCGACCGGGUCAACCUCAGCGCCAACGGGUUUUACAAGACUCCCGACAUCGGUUACGACUUUGACACGAACUCCGGUCGAGCGUUCUGUUACUUCUCUUACGGAGUGGCCUGCUCGGAGGUGGAGGUCGACUGUCUCACUGGAGUUCACAAGAAUCUGAGCUCGACCGUCGUGAUGGACGUUGGUCACAGCCUCAACCCAGCCAUCGACAUCGGACAGGUGGAGGGGGGGUUCGUUCAGGGUCUGGGUCUCUUCACCCUGGAGCAGCUCCACUACUCCCCCCGGGGCGUCCUCCUCACUCGGGGUCCCGGCUCCUACAAGAUUCCGGCCUUCGGCGACAUUCCCACCGACUUCACCGUCUCUCUGCUGCGGGACGCCCCCAACGAAAAGGCCAUCUUCGCCUCCAAGGCCGUGGGCGAACCGCCGCUUUUCUUGGCAGCAUCGGUUUUCUACGCCAUCAAAGACGCCGUCACUGCUGCCCGGGCGGAGUCGGACAUCAGAGGACCGUUCAGACUGGACAGCCCCGCCUCCGCCGAGAGGAUCCGCAACGCCUGCAGCGACCACUUCAACCAGCUGUGUCGUUCUGCUGAACCAGGAAGUUUCACUCCCUGGUCUGUGCAGGUGUAACAGUCUCAUCCUGAUGAUGUCAUCCUGAUGACAGAACAAACACAACUAAUAUGAAUAUUAAUCAGUUCAGAUGAAAUACGAUGAAAUGUUAAAAAUGUUUCACAGAAAUAAAUCUAAGUUUGCUUCACAGUUUGAA